CUGGAACAGUUAGUGAGGAAAAUGAUUGGAAAUAACACAAAGUAAUCCAAACAAGUAGGCAAAGAUAUUAAAUCUGUUUGAGUUUCUGAAUCUCUAGGAUGUCAUUCCUGGGCUACACAGCUUUGGUCUUAUGCUGGAUAUAUUGUACUGCAGAAAGAGCUUGCAAUGAACCCCCACCUAGGAGGAUUAAAGAAGUGCCUACUGAAAGGUGGGACAAGCCUCCCUAUCCACAUGGUACUAAAGUAACAUACGGAUGUCGGCCUGGAUAUAUAAAACUUGGACGAAUUGUAUUUGAGUGUGAUGAUGGAGAAUGGAAGCAACUCCCCCCAGCGACAGAAUGCAGAAAUAAGCCCUGUGGACAUCCUGGAGAUAUUGAGUUUGGUUCCUUUGAACUUACCAGUGGAAGUGAAUUUGUAUUUGGUGCCAGAGUGGAGUACAGAUGUAAUGAUGGGUACUGGAUGCUCAGCCAGAGAAAUUACCGUGAAUGUCAGGCAGAUGGAUGGAGCAAUGACAUCCCUCACUGUGAAGUGGCAAAGUGUUUACCUGUACAAGCACCAGAAAAUGGAAGAAUAAUUACGACUGGUGCAUUUGAGCUUGGCCAAGAAUAUUCUUUUGGCCAGGUUGUAAAAUUUGAAUGUAAUACAAAAUACAAGCUUGUUGGAUCUAAAGAAAUCAUUUGCUCUUCUAACGGAAAAUGGAAUAGUGAUGUGCCUCAGUGCCAAGAAAUAACCUGUGAUGUGCCAAAAGUUCCACAUGGAUAUGUACGAUCUCCAAAGGCAUCUUACAAGGAAACUGAACAACUACAGUUUGCCUGUGAUAAAGGAUACAGAUACGGUGAAAGAGCAGAUGCACGAUGUACAGCAGCAGGAUGGAAUCCAACCCCCUAUUGCACUGAAAUUACAUGCUCUCCCCCAAGAAUUCCAAAUGGGGACUUUAGACCUCAAGGAGACAACUACAGAGAAGGUGAUAUAAUCACAAUACAGUGUAAUCCUGGGUAUCAUUUUAAAACAUUGACCGGCAGAAGCACAGCUGAAUGCACCAAGAAUGGCUGGAUUCCUGAUCCAGGCUGUGUCCAGAAACCAUGUGAUUACCCCGCUAUAGAAAAUGGCAGGUUAUCUGACUCACUGGAGUACUACAAAAGCUAUUACUUUCCAAUGAGUUUUGGGCAGCACGCUGAUUACCACUGCAACACUGGUUAUUCAACUCCGAGUGGAAGAUACUGGGUUCGGAUCGUCUGUUCUGAAAGAGGCUGGUCUCCAGAGCCCAAAUGCCUCAAAACAUGUCAAGUCAGACGCCUGGAAAAUGGUUAUUUCUCAAGUAGCCAAAACAUUCACAAGGAGGGUGAAAGAGUUAAAUAUAUCUGCAAUGAUGACUAUCAGACUGAACAUGAAGAUGGGGAAGUCACAUGCACAAAGGGUGGCUGGUCACCUCAUCCAAGAUGUAUCCGUAAAAAAAAAUGCCAGAUUGCCUAUUUUGACAAUGGCUAUUUCUCCUCGCAAAAGAGAGAAUAUAAUAUACACGAGAAAGCCAACUACCGCUGUCGCACCGGCUUUGUAACUCCAGAAUUACGAGAAACAGGAGCCACAGAGUGUCAAGAGAAUGGCUGGAUGCCAGCUCCCAAGUGCAGCAAGUCAUGUAAAGCACCUCAUGUGAACAUUUUGAAUUACCACGCAGAUAAAACUGUGUUCAUGCCUGAAGAUACAAUUGAGUAUGCAUGUUGGGAGGGAUAUCAACCUGCAAAUAAUAUGCCAACUGGUACCACAAGGUGUGGCAUAAAUGGUGAAUGGAAUCCAGAGCCCCAGUGUCUUGCAAUCGAAUGUGAAAUGCUGACAUUGCCCAAUGGAGACUUUUCUCCCAAGAAGGGUAAAUACCGCAAUGGAGAUGUUGUGAAAUUUACCUGUACAAACAAUUACGUGAGAGUAGGACCUGCCUCUACUCAGUGCUAUUACUUUGGAUGGUUUCCAUCACCACCUGUGUGUAAAGUGAACGCCAAAGGAUGUGGACCUCCACCUGAGAUUACCAAUGGAAGUAUUGCUGAUACCUCUGUGAAACGGUCUCAUCAUGGGGACAGAAAGACAUACCAAUGCAACAGUGAACUGAAAUUGGUUGGAUCAAAGGAAAUAGAAUGUGUUGAUGGACAGUGGUCAUCUCCUCCCUCUUGCAUUGAAGACAAAAUGCCAUGUGGAUCUCCUUCCUCUAUUCCGAAUGUUGUUAUUCAUCAGGAAGACCAGCCGCAGUUUUCCCAUGGUUCUGAAGUAAUGUGUGGAUGUAAAGAAGGCACUGGCAAUUCUGAGGAAAUGAAAAUAAAAUGUCUUAAUGGGGAGUGGAAGCCUUUACCACUUUGUGUUGAUCCAUCCCCUCAGUGUGUUCUUCCAAUGGGUGUUGAGCUUCACAAGUCAAAAAAGGAGCCUAGGUCCCCUGGAGUUAUACGUUACACAUGUACAACAGGUGACAGAAAGAUUAAAAAAGCAGCUUGCGUGUCUGGAAGAUGGUUACCGGAGAUUGAAUGUACAGCUGAGGAAAGCGCAUGCCCACCUCCACCCCAGCUGCCUCAUGCUCAACAGACAACAGUUGGAAGAAACUACAAGAAUGGGAGUAAAAUAGCUUUUUCGUGUCUGAAGAGUUUCCAGCUCGUUGGCAUGAAUGAAAUAACAUGUAUAGAAGGGAAAUGGCAAUCACCACCUCACUGUGUGGAAAGACCCUGUUUGCCACCACGACCCAUAGAAUGUGCUGAUGAUCCCAGGAUGGAAAAUGAAAACUUAAAAAUUAAAAAAGAAGGGGAAACAAUUUAUCUGGCUGGUGCCAGACUAACGUAUACUUCUCGUCCUGGAUACAAGUUAGAGGGACCAUCAGAGAUAACGUGUUCUAUGGGAAGCUGGACUUCAGCUCCUACGUGCUUGGAAAUGCCAUGUGGAAGUGUUCCAAAAGUUGCCAAUGCUCAGACAGAAGGCAGAAACAAGGAAGUUUAUAAGCCUGGUGAAACAAUUCGCUACCAGUGUGAUGUGGGGUUCCUGAUUGUUGGCCCUCCCGAAAUUAUUUGCAGAAAAGGAAAUUGGACAGGACUGCCCAUUUGUGAAGAUGUUACAUGUGGAGCUGCACCUGAAAUUCCCCAUGCGUACAUCACAAGCACUCAACAGGAGAGGUAUCUGCCCGGUGCCAGAGUGCACUUUGAAUGCGAAAGCAAUUUUCAGAUGAUGGGUGGAAAUUAUGUCAUGUGUACAAAUGGAGAAUGGUCACAAGCACCAACUUGUAGAGAUGCGACGUGUAAACCUCCUCCUGAAAUCGCUGGCGGGAAAGUUCAAGGUGUUAAGAAGUCGAGGUACUUGCCUGGGGAGAGCGCUCGCUACCAGUGCUGGCGAGGUUUUGAGAUGAGCGGGGCUCCCACCGUAGUGUGUUGGAACGGGACCUGGACAGAGCUGCCGACGUGCACAGGGAAAGGUGGGAAAUGUGGCUCGCCUCCAGUUAUUGAAAAUGGAGACAUUCUGUCCUUCCCCAUGCAAGAAUACCCGGAGGGUGCAACUUUGGAAUACAAAUGCCCAGACUUCUAUGUCCUGGAAGGAUCUCCGUCUAUCACCUGCACUGAUGGGCAGUGGACAAGCCCCCCAGUUUGCCUAGUGGCCUGUACAGCAUCUGAAGAAGACAUGAGCAGAAACAAUAUUGAGCUGAAAUGGACCAGAGGAAGAAAGCUGUAUUCCAGAUCGGGUGACUUUAUUGAAUUUCGGUGUAAAAGAGGCUAUAUGGAGGACCCAGCCUCUUCCCCAUUCAGAGUAGAGUGUUUGGAGGGGACAUUAGAAUAUCCCCAGUGUAAGCCAGCAAGGGACUGUAGACUGAAUGAGAGGUUGAUGGAAAUGAACCAUAUUCGACUGCAGUCAUCAAGCUGGUCGAGUCCCUCUACCUUUGCCACUGGGGAGUAUAUUUUAUUUGAAUGCAAAUAUUUUUACCGGCAAGUUUCACGCCCUGAGAAAUUUAGAGCAGUGUGCCGGGAUGGAGUGAUCUCGUAUCCUACGUGUGAAUACGCAGGGAUUUUUGGAUGAAUGGAAGUGGCACAAAAGCUCUGACAGUGAAGGAUUCCUCAACCGACCUUGUGAUUUGAGCUUAAUUUUCCUGGCAAUUCCUGUUCUCUUGUGUUUUCUUUGCAGCUUAGGCAAUAUUCCAUCUUGGAAUCUGCUAUGGUUUUUAUGAUCGGAUGAUUGUGUUUGCAUU